AUGCCUCGCAUCUCGACGACAAGGAGACUCCACCGCCGCCACACAGUGCCGGAUCGAGACUUUCGCACCUCCUUAGUCUUCAAGAGUCUGGUGAGCGCCCUGGAGGCCGCGUUUCCCAACCUGACUAUCCACACCACCGAUCUCAUCCCUUGGGUGCUGCAGGACUACGGUCCGCGACAGCCUCGGUCGUACGCGGAGUCGAAACUGGCCAUCGUCGGCAUGGCCUGCCGCACGCCCCGGGGGAGCAACGAUCUCGACCUAUUCUGA